UGUGGAACUUGCAAGAAUCCUUCUCAUCAAUGGCGCAAAUGUCAACGCGAGCCAUUCCAUAAAUAGAAAAGAUGACAUCACGGCACUGAUGUUAGCUUCAUGGUAUGGGAGCAGGGAGUGUGCUGAGCUGAUAAUAGAACAUGGGGCGAAUAUAAACAGCAGCAAAAAACAGUGGGAUGAGUGCAUUGAUGUAUGCUGCCUGGUCACCAGGCUACCAAUGUAUGGAACUACUUAUUGACAACAAUGCAGACAUUAAUGCAGUGGACAACAAUGGUAAUAAUGCCCUGAUAUGGGCUACAAAAACUGAUACUACAUGUACCUGUUCAGGAAGCAGAAUAUCAAGCCUUCAUCAUAAAGAAUAUCAAUAUGUUCUUCAAAGAGAUCUUGUCCCAAGCAUCAAAAGAAAUCAGUUCUUGAAGUUCAGCAUCUUGAUAACAAAAGGGACCGGUAGCGUUAGUUUAAAAGUCCUAGGAAAGUUAACUUCAAACCAAAGCGCGCAACUUAAGGUACAGUCCAUCUUCAAAGAUCGAAAACUUAAUUUACAAAAUAUAGUAAAACAAACCAUUUUCAACACAAUCAAUAGCAUUAGUUGCAGAAAAUAUAUAAAUGUAAUUGAGCAAUUGAUACAAGAUUCUCAUUUACCACUGAGACUGAAACAGUUUAUGUCAUUUGAUGAGGAUAUUGAUGAGCUAUAUACUAUUAUCUCAAAACAUUAACACAUCAAUUAAUGUGCAUGAUAUUAAUUGUAUCAUUAUAUUCGUAACUGGUUUACUUGGACCA